AUGCAGGAAGUAGCAAAAAGUACGGCCAAGUUGACUGUCUCACCAGUGAGGUAUGCGGACAAGUUGAGUCCAGGUAAACGUCUAGCCGAAAAGGUGAACUUAGUGUCGAAUGUAUGGGGUGUGUUACCACAAAAAAAUGUGCCGAUUUAUCGAUACGAUGUUCGUAUUAUUGAAGAGUUUCCACCGAAGAAAUCUUCAAAGAAAACUGCUGAGAAAAAGGCUGAAGUACCCUUCAAAGAGGUCACCAAAAACAGCAGAGAAGAUUAUGUGUCAAUUGAACGGAAAAAUAAAUGUGUUGCAAUCUUUGUGAGAGUGGUGAAUAGAGAAAAAGCAUUUUUUGGAAAAAUGGAUGGAUUGGUCUAUGAUCGUGCCUCCAUACUCUACUCGCUGGAUGUGUUGGAUGUGAAAGCGGAUGAAUCUGACUCGUGCAAAAUGUUCUUCAUCUCUAAUGAGGUGUUCUAUGUGGAAUUGAAGAACUCACAGUCGAACAAUGUUUUCUUUACGGUUAAAACUUUCGAAAUUCUACCAUCCGAACUGCCUAAGGACGUGGUCAAUCCCGAGUGUACUCGCGUGCUUUUCAAUGUAACUUUUGAGCAUUUGUUUUGGUCGCCGUCUCUCGAAUCUAUUCAUAUUGUGCCCGAAUUCGAUUGUUUUAUGAUAGUGAUAAUAAUAUCAGUGAUUACGGAUGCAGUUUGUGAGAACAGCAAACAAUUCUAA